AUGGCGGCGCCUUAUGUGUACGUUUACCCACAAGGCACGGACCCUUCGGCUCCUCGGCGUCCACAAGGAGUGAUCGUUGAUCCAUGUUUAUGUGUUCCGAACCCCGUGGAUCUAGAGAUCGAGCUGAAGUUCUCUGACCGGAGGAAUAUAACGGACCGUGAGUUCGUUAUAAGGGACGUUGACGAAAACCUGUUGUUCAGGGUGAAGGAGCCGGAGUUUCGAUUAACCGGCAAGAAAACCUUACUGGAUUAUUCUGGAUUUCAAAUCUUGACUUUGAGACCGGCGUGGGUGGCCUUUAAUAGCAGGUGGCAAGUAUUUAGAGGAGCGAGUAAAGAGGAGCGUGAUCUGAUGUACACGGUGCAGCUAACGGGGUUAUGGGAAUUUGAUGUGUUUUUGGCUCACAAUAAGGAAAAGAAGAUAUGCGAUUUCAGAAUCAAAGCAAACAGACGCCAGUUCGACCGCACUUGUGUCAUCUUCGCUGGUGAUUCUGACACCAUUGUUGCCCAAGAUUAG